UUCCGAGUAGCUGGGACUACAGGCGCACGCCACCAUGCUCGGAAAGAUCUCGCAGUGCAAGAGGAUUCGACGCUGGGGAACACCGCAGAGAUCCACACUUGCCUGCCCAGACCCGUCCCCUCUCUCAGCGACCCUCCUUGAGAGGUGACCUAUGGUGCCGGCUGUCAGGUCUUUGUCCACUCUGUUUGCCCCUGCUUCCUGGCGCAGGGAGUCUGUGUCCUCUCCGGUUCCCCAGGUUUGCGUGAGUGGAGAGGGAUCACGAGCUCCCGAUGCCUCUCCUGCUCUACAGGCGAACUUGCAGAUGGCCCAUGGUGCAGGAUCGAGGCUGAAGCCCACUCCCAACCCCGCGCCCGAACUACCCGGACUAGCGGGGUGACGCUGCACUCUACGCCCCCAAAACGAACAGAUUAACCCCACUCUUGGGAACUGAACAUGCUGACCUGGCCUCUCCCGGUUCCCUCCGCAUCUGUAACCCCGGGGCAGAGUUACAGAGGCUGACUGGCCGAACCCAGGUGCCCUCGGGGCAGGGUGUGUUAAGAAUUGGUGUGCGGGUUGCACAAAGGUCCUGGUCAGCUCCUGGUCACCUGAGGCCCAAGAACUGUCAGGCACUCACUUCCCCUCUUCUUGCUUUAACCGGGGUCGCUCAGCAGCAGCGAGCGCUGCACCCCUUAUCCUCUCCCUGUCUUGUUCGUUCCAGAUCCUCCAGGUCAGGGCGUCGCCAGGCGAGAGCCCAGAGAGCUGAACCUGCAGCCUGGACCUGCAGCGACCGUCGUACACCAUGGGCCUCCACCUCCGCCCCUACCGUGUGGGGCUGCUCCCGGAUGGCCUCCUGUUCCUCUUGCUGCUGCUAAUGCUGCUCGCAGACCCAGCGCUCCCGGCCGGACGUCACCCCCCAGUGGUGCUGGUCCCUGGUGAUUUGGGGAACCAGCUGGAAGCCAAACUGGAUAAGCCGACAGUGGUGCACUACCUCUGCUCCAAGAAGACCGAAAGCUACUUCACAAUCUGGCUGAACCUGGAACUGCUGCUGCCUGUCAUCAUUGACUGCUGGAUUGACAAUAUCAGGCUGGUUUACAACAAAACAUCCAGGGCCACCCAGUUUCCUGAUGGUGUGGAUGUACGUGUCCCUGGCUUUGGGAAGACCUUCUCACUGGAGUUCCUGGACCCCAGCAAAAGCAGCGUGGGUUCCUAUUUCCACACCAUGGUGGAGAGCCUUGUGGGCUGGGGCUACACACGGGGUGAGGAUGUCCGAGGGGCUCCCUAUGACUGGCGCCGAGCCCCAAAUGAAAACGGGCCUUACUUCCUGGCCCUCCGCGAGAUGAUCGAGGAGAUGUACCAGCUGUAUGGGGGCCCCGUGGUGCUGGUUGCCCACAGUAUGGGCAACAUGUACACGCUCUACUUUCUGCAGCGGCAGCCGCAGGCCUGGAAGGACAAGUAUAUCCGGGCCUUCGUGUCACUGGGUGCGCCCUGGGGGGGCGUGGCCAAGACCCUGCGCGUCCUGGCUUCAGGAGACAACAACCGGAUCCCAGUCAUCGGGCCCCUGAAGAUCCGGGAGCAGCAGCGGUCAGCUGUCUCCACCAGCUGGCUGCUGCCCUACAGCUACACGUGGUCACCUGAGAAGGUGUUCGUGCAGACGCCCACGACCAACUACACACUGCGGGACUACCGCAGGUUCUUCCAGGACAUCGGCUUUGAAGACGGCUGGCUCAUGCGGCAGGACACAGAAGGGUUGGUGGAAGCCACGAUGCCACCUGGCGUGCAGCUGCACUGCCUCUAUGGCACUGGUGUCCCCACACCAGACUCCUUCUACUAUGAGAGCUUCCCUGACCGUGACCCUAAAAUCUGCUUUGGUGACGGCGAUGGUACUGUGAACUUGAAGAGUGCCCUGCAGUGCCAGGCCUGGCAGAGCCUCCAGGAGCACCAAGUGUUGCUACAGGAGCUGCCAGGCAGCGAGCACAUCGAGAUGCUGGCCAACGCCACCACCCUGGCCUAUCUGAAACGUGUGCUCCUUGGGCCCUGACUCCUGUGCCAGGCAGGGCUGGAUGGCUCAGCUGUGGACCUGCUCUUGGCCUCUGGUGCUGUCAUGGCCCAUGAGUUUCACAGAGUUUGUGACUGACUAUUCAAGGCCCUGAGUCUUGGACUGUGAAGCAUCUGCCGUGGGGAAGUGCUGUUUGUUAUCCUUUCUCUGUGGCAGUGGAGAAGGAAGAAAUGAGAGUCUGGACUCAGGGACACUGGAUGGCAAGAAUGCUGCUGAUGGUGGAAUUGCUGUGGCCUCAGGACUGGCUCCACAGGGUGGGCUGGCUGGGCCCUGGUCCCAAUCCCUACCUGGGGCCGUGUGUCCCCCUACUCCUAUGGGCUUUUCAUACUUGCCUACUGGGCCCUGGCCCCGCUGCCUUCCUAUGAGGCAUGUUACUGUGCUGUGGUCCUGUACCCAGAGGUCCCAGGGAUGGGCUCCUGGCCCCUCGGGUGACCCUUCCCACACACCCGCCACAGGUAGGCCUGCCAGUGGCCAUGGGUAGCUAGAGCUGCUGGCUUCCCUGUGGCUUAGCUGGUGGCCAGCCUCACUGGCUUCCUGGGUGAGCCCAGUAGCCCCUGCAGGCAGGGGCAGUUUGUUGCAUUCUUCAUGGUUCCCAGGCCCUGGGACAUUUCACUCUACUCCUACCUCCCUUACCGCCAGAAGCAGUCAAGCUCUGGAUUGGGCAGCAGAUGUGCCCCCAGUCCUGAAGGCUGUGUCCCAGGAGCUCUGAUUUCCUCGGAUGUGCUGUUGGCCCCAGGACUGAAGCUGCCUCCCUUCACCCUGGGACUGUGGUUCCAAGGAUGAGAGCAGGGGUUGGAGCCACGGCCUUCUAGGGACCUGUGGAGAAAGGGAAUCCAAAGAAGCAGCCAAGGCUGCUCGCAGCUUCCCUGAGCUGUACCUCUUGCUAACCCCACCACCACACUGCCACCCUGCCCUAGGGUCUCACUAGUACCCAAGUGGGUCAGCGCGGGGCUGAGGACGGGGCUGAAUGGGACCCUGAGAGAGCCAGGGGUCCCCUGAGGCCCCCCUAGGGGCUUUCUGUCUGCCCCAGGGUGCUCCAUGGGUCUCCCUGUGGUAGCAGGCAUGGAGAGUCAGAGCUGCCUUCUUGGCAGUAGGCUUUAAGUGGGUGACUGGCCACAGGCUGAGAAAAGGGUACAGCCUCUAGGUGGGAUUCCCAAAGCUGCCUUCAGGCUGGACUGAGCUGCUCUCCCACAGGAUUUCUGUGCAGCUGGAUUUUCUCUGUUGCGUACAUGCCUGGCAUCUGUCUCCCUUUGUUCCUGAGUGGUGGGCCCCGCAUGGGGCUCUGAGCAGGCUGAAUCUGGAUUCUGGCAAUAAAAGUACUCCGAAUGCUGUAA